GAGGACAGAGGACAGAGGACAGAGGACAGAGGACAGAGGACACAGCUCGGACCCGCGUGAUUCUCUGGACACUUUGACUUUGGAUUUUCUGCAGCGGAACAUCCUGGACCUGCAGACCCCGAGACUCGGACUUCGCGCGCGGACAGAGCAAAAGCACCGGGACCAAGACCAGGACCAGGACCAAGACCGGGAUCUGGAUCUGGACCAGGACCAGGACCAGGACCGGUGGGAUCAGACCGGAGGCACGAGCUUCACCUCGGAUCUUUUAAAGUUUGUGAUGCGUUUCCUGGAGCAGUGGGCGGGACUUCACAAUGACGGGCUUCUCUGAUUGGUCGUCCAGCUCCUGCCCCGUGGACCUACUCUAGACCUGCAGUCCAAAACCAGAUCCAAGUCCAAGUCCAAGUCCAAGUCCAAGACCCGUCAGUCCCAGAACCAUGAUGGAUCUGUCCGUGCUCCUCGUCCUCCUCUGCUGCGACCUGACCUCCUCACGACCCUCUCUGCCCCUGACUCCGCCCCCGACGCCGCCCCUGACUCCGCCCCUGACGCCGUCCUGCACCAGGGUGGAGGGGUUCUGCAGUGACCUGGGUCUCCACAGCGUCCCGCAGGACCUGCCCCGGGGCAUCCACACCCUGGACCUGUCCCGCAACCAGCUGCAGAACCUCACCCGGGAGCCCAUCGCCUUCUACACCGGCCUGCGCCACCUCAACCUCCACGGCAACAGGAUCCACUUCAUCCAGCCCGGACUGUUCGCCGGAAUGACUCAGCUCAAAAUGCUGGACCUGUCCCGCAAUCAGCUCAACGCCUUCGCCGCGCACAGAACCCAAAUCGGGCCCCUCGGCGCCGUCGAGUCGCUGGACCUGUCCGGCAACGGGCUUUUCACCGGGAUGAUGGAAUAUUUCUUGAACGAUUCUCAGCUGUUGGUGAAUCUUUCUCUGAGCGGCAACAGCAUCACGAAGAUCUCCGGCGACGCCUUCAGGGGUUCCUUGUCGCUGAGGAGCAUCAACCUUCACAACAACGUCAUCAUGGAGAUCGAGGACGGAGCUUUCGACCUCCUGGACCAUUUAUCUGACCUCGACUUGUCCAAGAACUCCAUCAACUGCAUCACGGAUUUCAACCUUUACAAUCUAAGGAACCUCAACCUGAGCCAGAACAGCCUGGAGAUGUUCCUGAGUGCGCCUUCCGACGAGCUCUACCAGCUGGUUUCACUGGAUUUGAGCCAAAAUAAACUUCCUCUUCUGCCGCUGAUUCCCAGGAAGAACAAGCUGGAAUAUUUGGACUUGUCUUACAAUCAGAUCCAGGGCGUUAACGUCACGGGAAGCUACAGCGGGCAGAUCUUCUUCCUGUGCACGUGCCUGUACCAGCCGCCGAGUUUAACCAAACACCACAACUGUUUCCAUCACCUGAAGUACCUGGAUUUGAGCUUCAACAACUUCCAAAGUUUACCCGAGUCGCUUUUCCACACGAUGCUCUCGCUGGAAGUCCUGAACGUCAGCAACAACUGCUUGACGUCUUUCUCCUUAACGCGAGACCUUUUACCCAAAGUUCGCAUCCUUAACCUCGGCGAGAACUCGUUACAGACGUUUCAGAUCACGCAGACGAGCCUGCCAUCGCUGGAGGAGCUGUACCUGAACGGGAACGGCCUCACCACAUUGGGGUUUCAGACCUUGAAGAGCCUCCGGCUCCUGCACCUACAGCAGAACGAGAUCAAUAUUUGCUCCCAGAAGACGUUAGAGGACUCAAAAUUUUGCGUUUCGUUCGAGUCUGUUCCCAGUUUGGAGUACCUCGACCUUUCGGAGAACAAGCUUUGGAGAAUUCCAUCGGGAGCGUUCAGGAACACACCGCUCACGCAUCUCGAUUUGUCCCAGAAUCCCGGUUUGGACUUACAUCAGGACUCCUUUUCUGGACUGGAGAACUCUUUGGAGCGUCUGUUUUUUAAGGAAAAUAACAUGAGCGCGAUAAACUCAGACUUGUCUUCACUCAGGAACCUGAAGUACGUAGAUUUGUCCACGAACCAGCUCACCGCCCUCCCCGCGUGGAACCGGGCGUCGUCCAUCGAGUCCCUGAACCUCCAGAACAACAACCUGGUGACGCUGGACUACGGCACGGUCGCGGCUCUGGAAAGUUCCCUGAAGACCCUCUACGUGGGCUCCAACCCCCUGAGCUGCUGUUCCAACCUGCCCUUCCUGAACCUACUCAAGAUGUCCAACGUGGUGGUGCCGGACAUCGAGGCGGUCACCUGCGUGUUCCUGGAGGACGCCGAGCCGGUGAACAUCGAGAAGGUGACGGAGGAGAUGUGCAAGGACCUGGAGAACGGCAGCGUGAACGUGAUCGUGGUGGUGGUGGUGGCGCUGGUGCUGAUCAUCGCGCUGGUGCUGCUCGUAAAGUGCUGCCGGUCGCGGAAACGCAAGAGGAGCCGGACUUACAGGGCGUAGAGGUUCACUGGCGGAAAAACUUCUGGAGACUGGAUAAAUUUUCACUUAUUUACUCACCUCGGCACUUUUUGGAACCACUUUUUUUUGUAAAGAGACAGAUUUUUAUCCAAAGUGAAGGUAAAAGAAUGAAGUAAGACGCACUAACGAGGACUGAAGAAGCCGUGUGUCGUUUUUCAAAAUAAAACCAGAAAAAAGAAAAUUAAAAAACAGUUUUCUUCACUAUUUGUCUCCAAAACCAAAAUGGAAAAAAAAACAAAAAAACCCCCGAAAAGAUAAAGAUUUGUUUUUUUCAGUUUUAGAUUUUGUGUUUAAAUGAAAAAUCGAAAAAAAUAAACAAAACGGAUAACGGACAUUUCUGGACUUUUGCACCACAUACGGACCAAGACUAGGACCAGACCAAGACUGAGACCGGUUUAGUCCUGGUUUAGUCCUGGUUCAGACCUGGUUUAGUCCUGGUUUAGUCCUUUAUCUGUUUUUUUCCAUUUUUCACACAAAAAAAACACAAAAUCGAAAACUGAAAAAAAAAAGAAAAAAAAUUUGUUUUUUAAUUUUGGUUUUGGAGACAAAUAAUGAAAAAAAUAUUAGUUUUUUUUUUGUUUUCUUAUUUUUGUUUUUAUUUUGAAAAAUGAAUUAACAAACAACACACAGAUUCUGAAAAUCUGUGUGUUUUUAUUUUAGAAUUUGAAGUUAAAAAAUGAAGGAGCCACUUUGCGCUGGCGUCACGCUGCAGGGGAGGUUCUGCAUGUAUGUCUACGGGGAAAUGUUCAGCAGUUACUACGGUGACACGACGCACAUACAGGGUGUCCCAGAAAAAAAAGGAAUAAUUUUGGCAAUUCUUGUCACAGAUUGUUCCGUUUUUUUAUUUUGAAAACCUGGUCAACCUAAAAGAAACACAAGUCCAGCUCUGUGUGUGACCAGAACAUCAGAACAUCAGAACAUCAGAACAUCAGAACAUCAGAACAUUAGAACAUUAGAACAUCAGAACAUCAGAACAUCAGAACAUUAGAACAUCAGAACAUCAGAACAUCAGAACAUCAGAACAUUAGAACAUUAGAACAUCAGAACAUUAGAACAUUAGAACAUUAGAACAUCAGAAC